UUCUUUAAUAGAUCAAACCCAAGACAUCAAUCAUUUGACAUCUCUCCCUCUCUCUGUAUAAUAAACACAAGUACUUUUUAUCUUCUCACAUUUGGCUCCUGUGGUUCUGUCAAAUUCUUGUCUUUUAAAGUUCUCAAUCUUGAUUUUCUUUCCUCCGGGUCUUCAAUAGUUGUUGUUUCAUCUCUGGAAAUUGAUUGUUUUAGUGGUUGUAUUUGGUGAAUUAAAGAUUUGGCCAUCUGGGGUCUUUGUUUUGAUAACAAAGACCAUAGCUUUGAUGAUUGUGAAUAUUUUGCUGUCUUUGUAGUUUAAAAAGGUAAGCUUUUGUUAUUUGGGUUGGUUUUGUAGUUGAUUUUGUGUCAUUUCAAGGGGAUAAAAUCUCUUUUUGAAAGAUAUUUAUAAUUGGGGUUUGCAAAAUUCACUGUUGGGAACAAUUGGGUUUUAUAGUUGUUCUUGAUAAGCUCAUUUGGAAUCCAAAGCACUGCGUUCCAACUCUGGUUCUACAGAAGCACACAGAUAUCUUUGCAGUAGAUAUACUUGGAGGCUGAGCUGCUUUGUAGAUUUUGUAUAAAGUUUUAAAUUGUAUUUGGAGAAAUUAUUUUAAGAGAAUAGAAAGAUGACAAUUGGAAAUAUUCCUUCAAAGAAGGAGAGGAAAUCAAGGAGGACCAAGCCAGUUGACGAGAAUGCUCCUUUAUUGCCUAAAAGGCAAGAGGAUGCUGGUUUUGAUGAGUUUAAUGGAGCUUCCUUUACUGGGGCGGUGUUUAAUUUAUCGACUACAAUAGUUGGUGCUGGAAUCAUGGCAUUGCCGGCAACCAUGAAAGUCUUAGGCCUGGUUCUCGGGGUCGCCAUGAUCAUCUUUAUGGCUUUCUUGACAGAGGCUUCUAUCGAAUUGUUGCUGAGGUUUAGCAGGGCAGGGAAGUCUGCUUCUUAUGGAGGACUUAUGGGGGAUGCUUUUGGAAAGACUGGAAGGAUUCUUUUGCAAGCUGCUGUUUUAGUCAAUAACAUUGGUGUACUCAUUGUGUACAUGAUUAUUAUUGGUGACGUGCUGUCUGGAACAUCUUCAAGUGGAGCUCACCAUACAGGUGUGCUUGAAGGGUGGUUUGGAGAACACUGGUGGAACGCCCGUGCCUUUGUUCUUCUUAUCACAACACUUUUUAUAUUUUCUCCACUGGCUUGCUUUAAGCGAAUUGAUUCUUUAAGUUAUACAUCUGCCUUGUCAGUCGCUCUAGCAGUUGUAUUUCUUGUCAUCACUGUGGGGAUCACAAUUGUCAAGUUGAUAAAUGGAAGUAUAGCAAUGCCCAGAUUGAUGCCCGAUGUUACAGAUAUGACAUCCUUCUGGAAACUCUUCACUACAGUUCCUGUUCUUGUCACUGCAUUUAUCUGCCAUUACAAUGUUCACAGCAUAGAUAAUGAACUUGAAGACUCUACUCAGAUAAAACCAGUUGUGCGAACAGCACUUGCUUUAUGCUCGACUGUGUACAUAAUGACAAGCAUCUUUGGGUUCCUUCUAUUUGGUGAUGCAACUCUUGAUGAUGUGCUUGCCAACUUCGAUAUGGACCUUGGCAUUCCCUACAGUUCUCUUCUUAAUGAUGCUGUUCGUGUUAGUUAUGCUGCUCAUCUUAUGCUAGUGUUUCCAAUUGUCUUCUUUCCAUUACGGCUCAAUUUGGAUGGCCUACUCUUUCCUUCAGCACAGCCUUUUCAUCAGGCAAACACGAGGUUUGCAUUAAUCACCAUUGGGCUUAUCACUACAAUUUUCUUGGGUGCAAAUUUCAUUCCAAGCAUCUGGGACGCUUUCCAAUUCACUGGAGCAACUGCUGCAGUUUGCCUUGGUUUCAUUUUUCCAGCUUCCAUUACUCUCAGGGAUCGCCACAAUAUAGCAACAAAGAGAGACAAGAUCUUAUGUAUUUUUAUGAUUGUGCUUGCUGUCUUCUCCAAUGCGGUGGCCAUAUAUAGUGAUGCCUAUGCCUUGAUCAAGAGGAAUCCAUCGCAUAGUGAAUGAUCUGGCUAGCUGUUCAAAGUUGGCGAAUGGACUCAGAUGCGGCCAUUUUUCCAGUGCAAGAGGCCUAUUGGUAGAAGAAUCCUUUUUGGUCUCAAGUUGGAAAAUGCAAGUCCCUCGACAAUAUGCAAAUAGAACUUCAAUAAGAACACUGAAUCGAUGUAUAAAAUCAAUUUGCUGAAGGAGUGUGAGAUCUAUCCUUUUGGACCUCCUAGUAUGUGCAUUAGUGUGCUGCUGUGUGCUUGAAUUUGCUUUGUUGAUGAAAAUGAAACUAUAAAAAUAAAGAUUCACGAUAUAUAUGAUUUUGCUUUCAUCCUUGA